AUCUGGACGUUGGUAGUUGGCUAUGUGUUGACUGUUUCAUUCAAGUGGAAUGCAAGCACUGAACACUACUUGAGAGUAGUUUCAAUUCCUGUCUGGACUAUAUUGCUUUUUCAUUUAGCAUCCCUGGCUGGCUCAUGGAGAAUUCCAGUAUUCCUGGUUAUUGUUUUCCUGAUGUCUGUGGGCACUCUCUAUGAAAAACAGAAUGGAAAAGAGUCUUCUGAACCUUGUUUCUUUUAGGAAUCAGAAUUCAAGCCAUCUAGUCCAUAAUGGGACAACU